GACCUGACCCUGGAGGACCUGACCCUGGAGGACCUGACCCUGGAGGACCUGACCCUGGAUCCAGGCUAUGUGCCCGGGGACCCGUGCACGUCCCUCAGCCUGUCCUCCUCCGGCAGGUCGGGGCAGUCUCAGCCGCACACCAGCACUCCUCAGCGGGGAGCCUGGUGGCAGCACGCCGGCUCUCUGUACAGCAGGAACGGCAGCUGGGACACGGUGAGCACGCUCCCGGAGGACGCGGCGGACAUCCUGGCCAAGUGUCCGUGCCUGCCGGAGCUGGAGGAGUGUCCCUGGACCGAGCGGGAGCUGCGGGAGGUCGUGCGUAAAGUGUCCGGUGCGUCCUUCACCGGGGAGGCUGUCCACCGCCUGUCCGUCCUGCUGCGGAGGGCUCUGCUGCGGGUCUCCAGAGAAGCGCAGCGGCUGAGCGAGCUCCACAGACGGUGCACACGCCUGGAGGUGCAGAGCGCGGUCAGGCUGGUGCUGAGCUGGGGUCUGGCCGAGCGGUGCGUGUCCUCCGCGGUGAGGGCGGUGUCCCAGCACUGCAUGAGCUCCGGAGACACCGCGCGUCAGCGGGGCAAGUCUGCGCGCUGCGGGCUGACUCUGUCCGUGGGCCGCUUCUUCAGGUGGAUGGUGGACACGCGCGUGUCGGUGCGAGUGCACGAGUACGCGGCCGUGUGCCUCGCAGCCUGUUUGGAGACUCUGGCGGAGGAGGUGACCAGGAGGGCGACGGAGGAGGCGAGGCUGGCGGAGGAUGAGCAGCAGGAGCGGGGCUGCGGGGUCAGCUGGAGCCCGGUGAGCGCAGAGCUGCUGGAGGGAGUCGUGAACAACGACCCGGAGCUGUGGGGACUUCUGCAGGUGUACGAGCAUCUCAUGUGUGGGAGGAAUGCUCAUGGUGAGCUGUCGCUGCCGGCCCAUGUGAGCCCAUACACGAAGGUUCCCGAGGAUUCAAUGGAGAGCAGGGAGGACGCUUACAUCAAGCUGGAGCUGCGGACACUGGAACAGGCGCUGCUCGCCACAUGCGUGGGCAGCAUCUCAGAGCUCAGUGAUCUCGUGUCUCGAGCGAUGCACCACAUGCAGCGUCUGCGCAGCUCCAGCCUCCACAUGAGCCCCGCCCGUUCAGCCAAUCAGACGUCGGUGUCCUGGGCCCCUGAUGCCCUCCGAACGCUCUACUACUUCCUGUCCAGCCCACACAUGGAAUCACUGGAGAAUCCCAACCUGGAUCCUCCGAGCACGACGCUGACCAGAGAGAGGCCGUUCCUGCUCCUGCCUCCUCUCAUGGAGUGGAUCAGAGUCGCCGUGGUGCACGCCGAACAUCGCCGCAGCCUUUUGGUGGACAGCGAUGAUGUCAGACAGACGGCCAGGCAGCUUCUUCCAGGACUGGACUGUGAGCCCAGACAGCUGAGGUGA